UCUCGCAAACCCCCAAUUCUAUCACUCAGAAAGUCCAAAAGGAAAUUCGCAAUCUUCUGCUGCGGUUGAUGUUGCAGAAGAAAGAAAAGCCAGAAACAAUAACAAGAAGAAGAGGAAAAUGGUGAAGGUUGCGACUUACUUCGCGAUGUCAUUCGGAGCAUUCUUGUUCUGGCAAUCCAUGGAUAAGAUCCACGUUUGGAAUGCUCUUCGUCAAGACGAAAAGAGGGAGAGACAAGAGAAGGAAGCCGAGAUUAAGAGAGUCAGGGAAGAACUGCUGCAGAAACAGAAAGAUUUCGCGUAACCCACAUUGCCUUUGGCCUUUCCUUUGAACUUCCUGUCGCUAUUUUCUUCUCGAAUUUUUAUGUUUGAAGUGGAUAGAUUCUCUGCAAGCGUACUUGUCUUCUGUUCUAUGCUGAUGAGUAUGAUUGUCAGGAAGACGCCAUCACAUUCUUCUCUUAUAUAAAGUGCACCCUUGUUUGGGAUGUUCAGUUAACUUUGUUUUUAAUGUCACAAGUGCAAUAAUUCGCAUCUCUUUGGGGUAAAUAGAAGACAUUUGGCAUUUUUAUUUU